AUGGAAUAUUCAGGAGUAUUCGACAGUCAACAGAGGUCCCGAUAUUCGACAUCUGAUUCCGAUAUUCAAGAGGUUGAGGUGACGCGGGCUGUGAGGGAGGCAAUGGGUGGCGACGGUGAAGGGAGGAUAGAGGAGCGUGGGCGAGUAGGCGUGAGGGUGGAGGAACUACGUCGUGGGCGUUAUGUCGGGCGUGAGUGGGUGGAAGGGAGCCACUUGUCCAAGACUCCGCCCCUGCUGCUGGUGUACAGUAGUGACCCCGCCAUCCUAGAUCUGGCCGCCCUGGGGGUCUCCGCCCUCAACUUCUCCCACAUCCGCACCCCCCACCCACACCCCAAGAACGCCCACAGAAACCCCGCCCACGGCAAGGGUGGCCACUACAAGCGCUACACCAGGGAGGCGGACCUGAGCUCCCAGUCACGCGAUAAGAGAUCACUGGAGGACCCAUGGGAGGACGUGGAGAUGCUGGAGACGGGCGUGGGUGGCCUGGGAGGGAACGCCCACACCCACGCUAUCCUCACCAACGAGCUGCCCCUUGACACCCACCAUAACGCCCUCACCCACGCCCGCAUGCCCCUCCUGCCCCAGGAGGUGGAGAGGGAAGAGGAGCGGGAGGAACGCCGUCAGCGUCGCCUUCAGCGUAAACAACGACGCCGAGGCAGAAAGGACAACCUUAUUCCGCUGCCCAAGAACUACUCCAAGACCAAGUGGGGCGAAGAUACGCGCCUCAAGAACGAUCGGCGGCGCAGGCGAAGGAGGAGGAGGCGCAGGAACCGUCGCCUGCCUGAGGAGUGGAUGGCCGUGGCUCAGAACACACUGAGCAACGAGGCCAACUCCCUGGGCUCGUCUGGGCUGGCAGUCGGGGCGCGGGCCUGUGAGAGACACAAACUAGGGGUAAACUUCAAGGACCUGGGAUGGGAUCGUUUCAUCGUGGCUCCCUCCUCCUUCGACGCCUUCUUCUGCGCUGGCGUGUGUCCCAACCCGCUCACCAAG